AUGACCCCAGAGGGUGCAUCUGUAACGAUUGAGAGUUUGGUUCAGGGACGGUACGUCAAAUUCUUAAACAAUUUUGGUUACGUGAACCCCAGUGAAGAUACCCUUGUUCCAGAAGCCUUCUCCCACUUCACGUACCAUGAAUCAAACGGCGAAAUCCUCGUGACAGACUUACAAGGAGUUUACAACCAGACACGCUACGUCUUCACUGAUCCGGCAAUUCAUAGCAUUGAGAUUCCCAGGUACACGUUCGGCCACUACGGUCCAACCGAUCUUGGGGUGUUCGGCGUGAUGAAGUUCUUCCAAAAUCACAAAUGCAAUCUCUUGUGUGAUGGGUUACGAAUACCUGAGGUUUCAAAAGUUUCAGAUUAUUGGAAGGAGGAUUUACAUCGGGUCACCGACUCUGUCGAAUUUAAAAGUGAUUCAACUUACACGUACGAGUUGCAGAAUGUCGGACUGCCGGCCCAACGCAUACAAGAGCUGCACAACAACGUUGCCGAAACGCUUGCUUUGAGUGGACGUCAUGGUAAGCAGUUAAAUGGCACUCGGUAA